UAUAAAUGCCCAUUAAUCUCCAUUUGACCGCAUAACGUCAGGUACCCAACCAGAACCAUGCGAGCUUUGAUUCUUCUCGCCCUUUUGGGCUUCGCUGCCGCCGUCCCUAGGAACCCACAACGCAUUGUGGGGGGCACUCCCACCACCGUGGAGGAAUACCCGUACAUGAGCAACAUGCAAUACGGGUGGUGGGGCAUCUGGUGGUAUCAGGCUUGCGGGGGCUCCCUCAUCAACUCACAGUCCGUCCUCUCGGCGGCGCAUUGCUACUACGGCGACCAUCCUACCGAUUGGCGAGUUAUCCUCGGCACGUCGCAGGCGUCGAGCGGCGGCACCGAGCACCAAGUGUCCCGGCUGUCCGUGCACGCCGGGUACAGUCCCAAUACCCUCGACAACGACAUUGCUAUCGUCCGCCUCGCCACCCCCGCCGUAUUCAGCAACAGCGUGGCUCCCGUCAGCAUCCCUGGUCCCAACUACAACCUCGCUGAUGGCACUGUAGUUUAUACCAUCGGAUGGGGCACUCUCACCAGCGGCGGCAGCGCCCCUGAGCAGCUCCAGCACGUAGACAUCCACAUCAUCAACAUGGACUUCUGCAAAGAAAGAUACGCGUACCUGAAGAGUCUGCCCGGUUUCGCAAGUUGGCCUGAUGUAACUGACAACAUGCUGUGCGCCGGUAUCCAGCACAUCGGCGGCAAGGACGCCUGCCAGGGCGACUCCGGCGGUCCUCUCGUCCACAAAAGCGGCUCCGGCGUCGGCCACGUCGUCUUCGGCCACGUCGUCGUCGGUGCCGUGUCCUGGGGCUUCGGGUGCGCCCACCCGGACUACCCCGGUGUCAACGUUCGCGUCAACAGAUACACCGACUGGAUCGUCGACAACGCUUAAAAACGUAAUACGUAUA